AUGCAAUUUAGGUUUCCCAGACUUUCAAAGAGAGAAGACAAAGCCCCAAUUAUUCAAUACAAAUUGCUUCAUAAUGCUGGGAAAUUAUUUAAUGAAUCUCUUCCGUGUCUCUUUGUUGUGAAUGGUGAUGAUUGUUUCGGGACAAUGAUUAAGCUGAUGGAAAGUGAAUGGAAAUUCCACCACAUGCACUACAUGUUCAUUGGUUUGUUUGUAAUGAAUUCUAAAUGUGUCUUGUUACGUAGGAGGUGUGUGGGUGUUUAUGGCUUUGUUGAUACUUUCCUCUCCAAAGAAUUUGAUUUAAAUGUGCAGACGGAAGCAAAUGAAAUGUUUUCAGAGUUAAUUAGUUCUUGUAAUCAAAAUAAUGAGGUAUUAACUACACUUGUGAAUAUGGGGAGGUUUGAAUAUUACAGUAGAGCGUUUAAGUGUUUGUUUAGAGAAUGUUGUAAGGAUGAUUUUGUUCUGUUUGAUUGUUUGGAAGAUGGGCUUUUACAAUUGGAAGAAUUGAAAGAAAUAUUCGAAAUUCACAAAAGCACUCCAAAGAAUUGUAUCAAGUUGAUACUUGGAGGAAAGGAUGGACCGUUCUUUGUUUUACCUCACCAAAGAGAUCAAGAGUGGAAUAUUGAAAUUCAAUUCCAAUAUAGGAACCGAAACGAAUCUAAUAUUCAAAUUCACUAUGUUAUUGCAAAACCAAAGGCUUCUCACAAGAGAGCAUGGGAAAACUUCUUUGAUAUCAAAUCCUUGGAAUUUGGCAUACCCCUUUCGGAUUUUCCCCACGAUUAUGUUGAAACAUGCAACAGAGAAAUUACAGAACUUAUUCCUAAAUUUAGUAUUCGUACAAUUCGUGAUCCAAAUUCUUUGGCCAAAUUUAAUACUUUUGAAGAAGCUGAAGAAUAUGUCAAACAACUAUUCCCAAAUACAAUGGCAGAAUUUAUCCCAGAUCCACCACUUGGAGCUGUAAGAUUUAUGGUUGUUGUAAAACAUGGUGGUCAAUUAGAAAUAGAAACAUCACAUCCUCUAAAAAGAAUUUACGGAGGUGUGAGGUUAGUUGUGAAUGGAAAGAUGAGCAUUUUGGGUGUUGUUUUAAAGCAUGUUAUUGAAGAGAAAUGGUCAAAUUUUCUAAAUGACAUUUAUUGUAAAACAAAUACUAAACUAAAAAGGGGAAAAGAAAUGGUUCUAGAAUUUCAUUCAAAGAGGCGAGAUUUAUCUUUAGAUGAAUGCUUGGAAAAUAUAUUCGAAAAGAAAAUAACAUAUUCCAAAGAAAGUGUUUCAUGUUAUGGAACUCAACGAUUGACCUUAACCUUUAUUGGAGAAUGGAAUGAAAAGAAAUCAUUUUUCAAACUUUCAAUGCAAGAAUUUACCAAUAAGGAAAUUUUAACACAUCUUGCUCAAAACAAUUCAAUGUUGAGACAAACUCAUUCGAACAUUUCACAAAUUUAUGUUUAUCAAUCAAUUACUGAUAUGGAAAAAAUUGAAUCGUUCUUGGAUGCUAUUACCAAGUUGAGAAAUGAUAUUAAUGAGGCGCAAGUAAGUGUGUCGUUGAAAGUGAAUUGCUUAGAUGUGUCUGUUCAAGAAUAUUUAUUUCCAAUAUCCGAACUUGUAAAGUUUAAAUAUGCAAAUUCAAAAUUACAACUUUGCAAGCUUGUAAUUAUUGAAUCUAUUUCAAUAUUGAAGCAAUUAGAUAGUUUGGACAUCUUACAUCAAGAUAUUUCAUUAGAUAAUUUGAUGAUAAGAAAACGAAACAAUUUAUUCGAAUUGAUUUUGAUAGAUUUUGAUUUUUCCAAAAAGUAUUCGAAAGUAGAAAACGAAAAUUCAAUAAGAGAGCCUAAUUGGACAGAUUUUGGAUCUGUAACAAAGCACCCUUAUUGGUGUGAAAAAAAGAGAACAAGUGUUGGUGAUAUUUAUUCAAUGUCUGUUGUCAUCUUUGAGAUUGUUUAUUUUCUGUGUGUUGGACGAAAUUUUUCAAAACAAUUCUAUAAUUUACCAGUAAGUAGUGGAAGAUACAGAAUUGAAAUUGUGCAGUGUUUGCAAAAUGAUUGCGAUGAUUUACAACAAGUGCUAGGGAAGAAAUUUGAAUCUUUCCAAAAGUUAAUGGAAUACAUGUUACAUUACGAACAAAAUCCUAUACUUCCUUGCCUUAUCAGUAUGAUAUCCAAUCUCAUCAAUGAUGAUAACAAGCAAUAA